GGAGGUGAAGCUACCUGGGGAGCAAACAGAGAACAGCAGGCUGCGUGUGCCUGUGCUGGAUCAGAGAUGUCUUCCCUGCCUGUCUGGUCCUGUUACUGCUUUGGCUGCUGUGGGAGAGUUCAGGGUGCAUGAGAGACAGCCCAGGCUACUGCAGGGACCCCCCCGCCAUGAGGCAGCACCCCAGGUCUGGCACCAAGAGGGAGUUACUUUGACUCUCUCCAUCUUCCCUGCCUUCCCAUCUCACCCUUUCUUGAAUGGAGCUGAUGUUUUGCAGUGCAGGAAUAGAUCAUCUAAUGGGUCAUGGGAGACGUGGGAGUCUUGUCCUAAAAAAAAAAAAAAAAUAAUCCAGCUAAUGUUCAGGCUGAGCUGGACGUGAUCCCCCAUCCCACUGCAGCCCUCCCCUACUCAGAUACCCCAAAGCCACAGCGUUUACCCCGCCUCUUCUUCCCCCAAGGUAUCCGUUUUGCUGCUGCAAAAACCGAGUUUGCCUGCACUGAUUGAACAUCUUGAUCUAGCCCUUGUCGGGAAGCUGCCUGUAUAAGCAGAGCUCAGAGGGAUGCCCGUAAAGGAUUUAUUUUCCCCGUGUGGGGAGCGCAAUGCAUCUUGCAGUUGCAGGGUCUCUGCCAGGCUUUGGCUUUUCCAGAUUGCUCGGCACCCUGUGGUAGUGAGAGCACAGGGGAUUCGAAAGAAGUUAAAAAUGCCCAUCUAACGCAUCUUUGGGGUUGGCCACAUGUGGUGGGAUAAGGGUGUGUCACACAGAGCGCUGACCUGGUCUUUUUCUUUUUUUUUUUUUUUUAAUCAGCAUCUGAAUCAUCGUAAACAGGCUCAUUUGGCAGCUUUUGCAGGCUGGCAGCACACAGCUUAACUCCUGACAAAUUUCUCAUCCUCACCCUCUGUGCUGUAGCUGGUUUAGGCAGUAGUUAGGAAGGCACCUGGCAUUUUUAAGCCUUCUGUCCCCUAAAACUAUGGGAAAUGCUCCCAAGUCUGAAGCGUAAAGCUCUGUUCCCUCUGGUUCUCAACUCGGGAUGUAGUAUCUCUGAUUUGUGUUACGUCUGCCAUAUUCUUCCCUGACUUUGUUCUGGGGCCGCAUUUCUCCUUUCAGCUCAUCUCCAUCUGCAGGUUACGGGCCAGCUUCCACUCCGUGGUCUGGUUUUGCGGAGACUUUGUUCACAGCCUCCAUGUACUGUCUCCAGGUGCAAAGAGCAGUGCGGCACCCUGGAUAUUUCAACAACUUCUCGGGUGGUGGUUGGUGUUUCAGACUAUGGUGACCCCAGUAGCAGGAUGCUCUGUUUGAAUACGUAAAGCCUCUUGAAGCUGCAGCUCUACCACAAAAAUAUGUUUUGAUUGUUUAGAAUGAAAGAAAAGCCAUUUGGUAUUCUCUUAAAAAUGAAAAAGAGAUGACUUUUUCCUUAAAUCCCACAGUUUCUGCCAGGUUAUUUGUAGCUGAUGAGUAGCAGGUGAUACCCAGCUGCCGUGCACCCCAACUUCGGGUAUGUCAGGACACCUGGGUGCUUGUCUUGAACUGCCCUUGCGUGAGGUGCUGCUCGACAGCGGCUGCCUUACAGCUUUGCAGGGCAACAGCUGCCCUGGCUAGGGGAAACUCUGGCAUCGCCUCACUUUUGGUAGCGUAAAGGAUAGAUUAAAAAGUGCUUCGUGUUAGGUGGAAGCCACUCAUUCUUCGUCUGCCCUUUUUUCAGUACCUGGAAGCAAUUCUGACCCCAGUAAAUUGUGAUCCAUGGCUACAGUGCUAAUAGGCCGAAGAUUUCCAAGGCUGAGCAGGGUGACUACAUUUUCAACUACAGCCAAGUGCAAGGCCGAGAGUGGAGGCAGCAAAAGUAAGCCGGAAAAGGAAGAGAACCCAGAAAUGGCCAACACCAGAAACGAAUCUGCGGCUACAAUCCAGUUGCUGAAUCCCCUGGACUACAGAGUAUUGUAUAAUCCAUCUGCCUAUGCCAAAAGCAAAGCUGCCUCCCCACAACACGCUGCUAGGAACAGUGGCCAGGCUCUCGGUGACACUUUCACCAGCCCUGGUGCUGCACAGCUUCAGCAUACAUUUGGUACCGCCUCUUCUCAAGCUUUGCCACCCCUCAAAAACGCCCUGCCAAAGCCCAAGUCCAAACUGCUCCUCGAGCAGACCAUCUCGGCGCAGCUCUCUGCUGCACAAACUGAGGAGGAGGUAGAAAAUAUAAAAACAGAAACGUAUGACUCCAAGGAGGACCCUCGCAUGUUUCAGAAGGGGAGGCCUGAGUACAGAUCUCUCAGUUAUGACAAGUUUGAGCCGAUAGAGACCCUUUCUUUAGAAGAAGGUGACUCGAUUUUACAGAGCGUGGCCGUAUGCAAGGGCAGCCUGAGCCCAGGAACUAUCACAGAUUAUUUUUGCAAGCUGAGUCGUUUGCCAGCGGAACAACACGCAGCGUUGGUGUCCCAACCCAGGUUUAAUACAAUGUGUUGCUAUGCUGUCAAAAACAUCGAGUUGUUCAGUACUUCAGACCUCAUCGAUAUUCUAAAGGCUUGCGUUCGUUUGGUUGUUCCACCCACCCACCCUCUGCUGAAUGCAUGCGAGAACGAAUUCUGCCGGCGGGUGUGGGAUAUGAACCUGGACCAGGUGCUGCUGGUGGCCGAUUGCUGGCGCUGCCUGGAGCGUAGCGUGCCUUCCUACCUGAGCAUUUUGUUCAGCUAUGCCAACAUGCACUGGAAAGACCUCACUUUGCCCCAGUUUGUUCAGCUCGUUUAUAUUGUAGGUGAAGGCCGGAGGUCACCUGUGGACUUGACGCAGAAGGUGGAGAGCAUGAUUUUGAAGUACUUGAACUCCUUCACCUUGGAGGAGGUGGGUGCUAUCUGCUUAGGGCUCUUCAAGUCCCUCAGUGGUAUCUCUGACCACGUCAUGAGAAAAAUUGCAGACAGAGUCUCCCUGCAGAUGGAAGACAUGAGCACUUACGCUUUGGUGAAUGUGCUUAAAAUGCUCCGCUACGCUCGCAUGGACCACCUACCCCUCUUGAAGGAACUUGGGAAGGUUAUUCCUGCUCGGAUUCCUACAGUAAACAUCCAGGGCAUCAUGCACAUCACUCUUACCUGUUCAUCUCUACACUACUUUGACGAAGGCGUUAUGGCUGCUGUAGCCACGGCUUUGCCUUCUAAGGUGGCUUACUGCCGAUGCAAAGAUGCUGCCAAGUUCUUGUGGUCGUUUGGAUGCCUGGACUAUGAACCUCCAAAUGAGGAAGAGUUUUACUCCAGCCUGAUAGAGCAGAUGCAUAGAAAACUCCAUGAAUUUAGGAAGUUUCCAGAGCAUCUCCUUACUGGUUUGCUUGGCCUGGCAUUUGUCAAACGUUACCCAGAGGAGCUGAUAGACUAUGCUCUGAGGCAUGAGUUUGUCCAGAAAACGAGAGGUAGUAAAUAUGAGCUCAAAAAGGACCUGUUCACCCUUGGUAAGAGUGUUGAAAUUGAGUGCCCAAGCUACCAAGGCAGCCGCCUUCCACCUCAGCUUUAUCAAGAGAUUACCGAGAUGGUUUUGAAUUUUGCAGAGCAGGAAAUCUAUGUCAGGCCUGAAAUAGUGGAAGCCACCUCUCUUCUCGAGAGCAUGUUAGGUGGCCCCGAGUAUGUGAAGAACCACAUGAUCCUGCCUCACACGAGAUCGAGUGAUCUGGAGGUUCACCUGGCCAUGGAUGGACGCCCCAUCCCUUUCAACGUAAAAGACCUUGCUGCAGAUAAGAAACUAAGAGACAUCGGAGUUAGUCUAACGGAUGACCUAAUGACUCAGCUUAUAAAAGGGAGAUCUAACAGCCAGUCUCCCAUGGAAGUGGGAAAUGAAGCCAGGACUCCUGGUCAGGAUAGAGGGGGAGAAGCACAAACACCAUGUGCGGGGGAUCGUGCUGCACUUUCAGGUGGAGCUCUCAUUGCAGAUACCAGAGUGCAAGCUGAGCCUAAAUCAGGGCUCGUUCUUAAACCCCCUCCAUCUCUUACACUGAAUCGGCAGCCUCGGGGGGUGAAACUGGCUAUUCAGGUGUCCAACCGAAACCACUACUGCUACUGCUCCAAGCGGCUCUUGGGGCUGCACCGUCUGAAACGGCGGCAGCUGCAGCAGCUGGGGUAUGUGGUGGUUGAGUUUCCCUUUUGGGAAUGGUUUCCUCUGCUCAAACGCACUCGUUUGGAGAAACUGAGCUACCUCCAUUACAAAGUGUUCGACCCAGCGCUGCUCAGCAAGGCUGGCUAGUCUGGUGUGCUGCUGGCUCAGAGGCUGACGCAGCCUCCCAGAUGCAUCUCUCUUUCUGAUUACUGAUUAAAAUGGUCUCGGAGUGUCCGUUAAGUUUUUGGCAGGUGCUUUGUGUGCUCAGGUCUGCCUUGCUAAGUUAGCCAGUUCUGCUUUGCUGACAGUCAUGUGUCCCGCGCUUGCCUUUUGUACAUAGAUCCUCAAAUGCUUCCAUGACAAAAUAAAAACUACUGUCCUAUUUGUUUUCCUCCGUGAUCGCUUUUUUCUCUAAAUGAAAGUGGAUGGAUUUGGUGACUCUGAGAGCAGAACGGUAUCAAUGCUAUUGUGAUAUUUGGUACAGAAUUGGGGUGAUUGUUUUUUAGUCAUGAAGCCAACCUGGGUGCCAGGAACACACAUA